UACGCAUAUGGCAACAGCUAAUUUCAUGUAUUAUUUACAAAACAUUUCUGAACUUGGCCUUGGUUCUUGUUUAUCAGUUUAAGUGAAAUGUCGCGUAUUUCGAAACUCUACAGUAUAAAUAUGUUCUCUGACCAGAAAUAAAAAAGCAAGCGAUGGAUCUAUUAAUUUAUUACUCUCACCAUUUUUUAGACUAUUUUAAUUGGCUGCCUCCUGGCAGUUUAGCUUUAAAUGAUAUUUUUACUCCAUCUACUGUUUCAACUUUGUUGGUUGUCUUGAUAUUUGUUGUUACUUUGGCAGUUUAUGCUUCAAGGAGAUGGAAAACAAAAGUGGAAACAGUUCGGGCUAAACUAAUGGGACCAUCCCGUGCUCGCUUUAGAAAACGAGACAAAGUGAUGUUUUAUGGAAGAAAAAUGCUCAGAAAGGUACAAGCUGCAGCUACUCAAGCAACAGGAAAUAGACCUCGUCUUAAAAAGCGUCAACUUGUGCUAAAACUUGCUCGCAAAAUUCUUCCUUUGAAGGGAGAGCAGCCUUUAACAUUAAAAGUGAUGGAACCGUCUCAAGCCUUUUUGGAAGAGGCAAUAUCUGAACAGUCUGAACAAAGGUUACCUCCAGAUGUCAUGUAUAUGUUAAAAAGUAUAAGGGUGUUUGGAUCUUUUGAAAAGCCAUUGUUUUUGCAACUGUGUAAACACAUUGAAACUCUUCAUGUGCCAUCAGGUAAUCUUCUUUUCUCAAUUGGAGAGCCAGAUGAUAGCAUAUAUGUUGUUCAGAGUGGAAAACUGGUAGUCUAUCUUACUGAAAAUGAUGGUAGUGAACUGGUGCUUAAAGAAGUUAUUUCUGGAGAAAAUAUUACUAGUCUAUUAAGUGUUAUGGAUGCUUUAACUGGAUGCAUUGCUCCAUAUAAAACAGUGUCUGCCCGUGCUCUUGAGGAUUGUUUUGUUUUGAGAUUAAAAGUUGAAGCUUUUAAAAACUUGUUGGAAAAAAAUCCUGAAUCGCUAGUGCGUGUGGCUCAGAUAAUAAUGGUUCGUUUGCAAAGGGUUACAUUUACAGCUCUUCAUAAUUAUUUAGGGUUGACGAAACAGCUAAUAAAAUCUUCAUCCACUGUAACAAGACGCAAUACAGCCUGCUCACCAAAAAAUAGCCCGUCCAGGUCAACAUCUCGUCGCACCAGCACAAUAAUUAAUGCAAAUCCUCCUGAUUUAUCAACUACAGUUCCUUCAGAUAUUGAUUCUUCAAACACAUCAAAUGCUGGUGUACAACAUGGUGAUGACAAUCAAAAUGCUAUGACAACAUCUGUAUCCAAUCAUAGUGUAUCAUCUGAUGUAGAUUUGUCUGAAAGUAAGCGUACACGCAAAAGAAAAGCCAGUUUUUACUUCCCUCCUGAGCAAAUACCUAUUCCAGCUGAAGAAGAUUUGCACACACUUGCUGUCCAAGGAUUUAUUCAGCAGUUAGGCCUUGAUGAAGACACUUUCAUCAAAGAUUAUGUGACUGUGAAAGAAUUACCAGCAAAUACUUAUAUCAUCCGUGAAGAAAAUGUAGAGGAUGUAGCUCUUUUGUAUGUCAUUUCUGGAUCUUUAAGUGUAUCUCAAAAAACUGCUGAUAAAAAAGAAGAGAACUUCUUGUUCAUUGUCCACAGUGGUGAAAUAAUGGGGGCUUUAGCUGUUUUAAGUGGUGAACCUUCUCUCUUUACUAUUCGUACCAGGCAUUUUACACAAGUUGGAAUUCUGAGCAAAAGAAACAUUUAUCAAAUUUUAGGGCAGAAACCUCUUGCAGUCUUGCAUUUAGCACAGAGUGUAAUAAAGCGCCUGUCAUCAUUUGUGAGACAAAUUGACUUUGCCCUUGAUUGGAUUAAUGUUGAAUCUGGUCGAGCUGUAUAUAGGCAAGAUGAUAUUUCUGAUAGCACCUACAUAGUAUUGAGUGGGCGUUUAAGAUCAGUACUUAGAGGUUCAGAUGGUAAAAAAGAGCUUGUUGGUGAAUAUGGACGAGGAGAUCUUGUUGGCAUUGUUGAAGUUUUGACAUCAACGAGAAGAUCAACCACAGUUAUGGCUGUGAGAAAUUCGGAGUUGGCAAAACUUCCUGAUGGCCUCUUAAAUGCAAUAAAAAUUAAGUAUCCUGAGGUUGUAACCAGGUUUAUUCAUUUAUUAGGAAAUCGCAUUCUGGGAUCAUUACAAAAACGUAUGCCAUAUGCUAGUGACAAGGCUUUGACUAUGGAUUCUAGACCAACCGGAUCAAACUUUGCUACAGUUGCUAUUCUGUCAGUGUCAGAUGAAGUUCCUUUAACAUAUUUUACUCUCGAACUCUAUCACGCUUUAACUGCUGUUGGGCCAACAGUAAGACUUACUUCUGACAUAGUUAUGAAAACAUUAGGCCCAACUGCUCUGUUAAGUGCUAAUGAGUAUAGACUCUGUAACUGGUUAGGACAACAAGAAGAUCAGCACAAAGUAGUUUUGUAUCAAUGUGAUACUUAUUUUUCAACAUGGACACAAAGAUGUAUAAGGCAGGCUGACUGUAUUCUUAUUGUAGCUUUAGCAGAUCAUGAACCUGAAAUUGGUGAUAUGGAAAAAGAAUUGGAGCACUUUGCUAUCAGGACUCAAAAAGAGCUUGUUUUGUUGCACAGAGAUGAUAGAAUUAAGCCUCGAAAUACUGUUAUGUGGCUCAAUAUGAGAUCCUGGUGCUCUUCUCAUCAUCAUAUAAGGUGUAGCAAGAGGAUGUUCUCAAAAAAGUCUUUUGCCAAAACGUGUGAAUUGUACAAUAAGCAAAUGCAAGCUCCUCCUAACAUUCAUUCUGAUUUUGCAAGACUUGCUCGCUUCCUGACAGGUACUUCAUUUGGACUUGUGCUUGGUGGUGGUGGUGCAAGAGGUGCUGCUCAUGUCGGAACUAUUAAAGCUCUUCGAGAGGCUGGUAUACCGAUUGAUAUGGUGGGUGGAGUGAGUAUUGGAGCAUUCAUGGGAGCUUUAUGGUGUCAAGAAAAUGACAUCACCAUUAUGACACAAAAAGCAAGAGAAUGGUCUCAAGUAAUUCAGUUUUUUAUAAGUAUAUAUAUUAGUAAAAGCCAAUUUGAAAUUUUUUUUUGUAUAGGUGCAUGGUUUAAUAAAACUAUACAUUCAGUGUUUGGGGAGCGGCAGAUUGAAGACCUGUGGUUACCCUAUUUCACUGUAACUACAGAUAUAACUGAUAGCUCAAUGCGAGUUCAUACUCAUGGGUCACUAUGGCGCUACAUUAGAUCAAGUAUGUCUCUCUCUGGUUAUAUGCCUCCAAUGUGUGAUCCCCUCGAUGGGCACUUACUCCUUGAUGGAGGAUAUGUCAAUAAUCUUCCAGGCUGUCUAUGGCGUUACGUUCGGGCCAGUAUGUCUGUCACUAUGCUGAUACCACCGCUUUGUGAUCCUAAAGAUGGCAAUCUUCUUGUUGAUGGCUGCUAUCUGAACAAUUUGCCAGCUGAUGUCAUGAGAGACAUGGGAGCUGAAACAAUAAUUGCCAUUGAUGUUGGAAGCCAGGAUGAAAUAGAUCUUACAAAUUAUGGUGAUACUUUAAGCGGAUGGUGGUUACUUUGGAAAAAAUGGAAUCCAUGGGCCACGCCUGUUAAAGUUCCUAGUCUUCAAGAGAUUCAAUCUCGUCUUGCCUAUGUAACUUGUGUCAAGCAACUUGACCAACUGAAGAGAAGUGAUUAUUGCACCUACAUCAGACCACCCAUAGAUAGUUAUAAAACUUUACAGUUUGGUAGUUUUGAUGAAAUAAUGGAAGUUGGAUAUAAUCAUGGAAAGACAUUAUUUCCAAAUAUGAAGAUGGGUCAUAAAUCACUGCACAAUUUACUUCAAAUUAACACCUACCAGAAAAAUCUGAGGAAUGCUUCAUUUACUGAUCUUGCUGAAAUGGUUUGCAAAAUUAAAAAGCCAAAAUAUGUUUUCCAUGAAUCAGAUUUGGAAGAUGAUGUGAUUCAUGUGUACAACUCUGAGCCUGAGCCCAGCUAUCUUGGUGAGACUGAUAAGGAUGAAGAUACAGAGGAUUACAGGUCUUCAAAGCAUAAUAAAAUGGAAUCUCUGUCAGAUGUGGAAUUCUUCUCUUGAAAUUUGUGCUCAGUUAAAUAAAAGAGAGAUGGGCAUAUUUUAUUAUUCUGUAAAUAUGAGAUUACACAUGAACGGACUUGUUUUUGUUUUCAUUCAAACUGCCAUAUUUAUGUUAUUUGCUCAUAUUUGCGAUGAUGGGUACUUUUCUCAUAUCAUAAAAUUAUUGUAAAACACGUUUCAUUAAGUUAUUUCAAAGAAUUUAUGUAGAAAAGGGAUCACUUUGUGAGAUUUAUUUUUCAAACCUGUUUCCUUUUUGUGAUAUUUAUACAAUGUAUAUAAUAAUAAAAGAGCUUUAUUACA